UUUUCCCCACCAGCACCACACUACUUCAGCCUCCCAAGCUGCAUGCUGUCAAAUUCUCUUCCCUAAGUUUGCAAAACAUGUCGGGAGCCCUUCGAUGGAGGACGCUGCGGUACACGGCGAUGGUAGCCAGCGACUACCUUCGCUGGCUAGUGGGAACCCGAGCACAAGGUCCAUUCCCAGCACUCGCCGCCUCUGUCUUGCAGCAGCGGCACAAGUGGGAGGGAGGCUCCGAUGUGCACCCCACCCGCCGAAUCCGGGUGGAGGCGCACUGUCCCCGUUGUUCCAAGCAUUUGGAGGUCCUCUUCUUCAAGAAGUCGCCGACGCCGCAGGAUGCUCCACCGCCUCCGGUUGCCGGCGGGUACAAGACCGUGAACCUUUGCCCCAAGUGCAAGAUGGCGUACUACUUUCGCCCUCACAGACUGGUGCCACUGCAGGGGAGUUUUGUGGAGAUCGACCGGCCGGAAAAGGGGGGAUUCGUUGCGGUGGGGGAGGAGGAGGAUGAGGCCACGAGUAGGCUUAGGGUUUCAUUCUGGGAGUCGCUUAGAUCGGGUGAGAUGAGAUCGAACUGGUCACUGCCGGCGGCCUUUCCGCCAGGCCCGCUAUGUCCUGCAAAUGUGAACACGGUGAGAGUUACAGGGGCUGGGGAGAGCGAGGCUGGCACUGUUCCGGGAAAGGAGGAUUGGGGCGGUGCUAAUAUGGGGAAGGACUUGCCAACGCCCAGCGAGAUAUGUGAGGGGUUGGAUAAAUUCGUUAUUGGGCAGGAAAGUGCAAAAAAGGUGCUCUCUGUGGCUGUUUAUAACCAUUAUAAACGAAUCUAUUUUGCAUCACUGGACAAAGGGCCUGGACCUGACUCAGCAAAACUUGAUCCUGUUAUCAAUGAUUCCGACCAUGACAUAGAGUUGGAGAAGAGCAAUAUACUUUUGAUUGGCCCAACUGGAUCAGGGAAGACACUACUUGCCAAAACACUUGCUCGCUUUGUAAAUGUCCCAUUUGUUAUUGCCGAUGCAACAACUUUGACUCAGGCAGGAUAUGUUGGUGAAGAUGUUGAGUCAAUAUUACAUAAAUUGCUAACGGUGGCUGAGUUCAACGUCCAAGCUGCUCAACAAGGCAUUGUGUACAUUGAUGAAAUUGAUAAAAUAACAAAGAAGGGUGAGAGCUUUAACAUUAGUCGAGAUGUAUCUGGCGAAGGUGUCCAGCAGGCCUUAUUGAAAAUGUUAGAAGGAACUGUAAGUGGAAAAACUGUCAAUGUUUCUGAGAAAUCUUCUUCGAUGCAUCUUCGUCAAGAGACUGUUGCGAUUGAUACGAAGGAUAUUCUUUUUAUAUGUGGUGGUGCUUUUGUUGAUUUGGAAAAGACAAUUUCUGAAAGGCAACAAGAUUCUUCAAUUGGUUUUGGAGCACCAGUUCGUGCAAAUAUGGGGACAGGUGCACCAAUAAAUGCUGCAGUGACUUCAUCCUUAUUGGAAUCUGUUGAAAGCGGUGAUCUCAUAGCAUAUGGCCUCAUCCCAGAGUUUGUUGGCCGGUUUCCAAUAAUGGUUAGCCUUUCAGGGCUGACUGAGGGCCAACUUGUUCAGGUUUUAACUGAGCCAAAAAAUGCUCUUUGUAAACAGUACAGGAAAAUGUUUGAUAUGAACAAUGUUAGGCUACACUAUUCAGAAACAGCACUUAGGCUUAUCGCUGCAAAGGCUAUGGUUAAAAGUACAGGUGCAAGAGGAUUGCGAGCAAUUUUGGAAAGUAUUUUGACAGAUGCAAUGUUUGAGAUUCCGGAUGCCAUGAGGGGCAAUGAGCGUGUGGAUGCAGUAGUGGUGGAUGAGGAAGCUGUAGGCUCUCUUGACACACCUGGCUGCGGAGCUAAAAUUCUUUAUGGCAAUAGCGCAUUGGAAAGCUAUCUCCGCAUAUAUAGUAUUAAAGAUGCCGAGGGAAAAUGCUGAUAUAUUGGAAGCUGAAGCGGAAAGUCAAUCUAAGGUUUGCUUUUGUGAUAGAUAACAAAUUUCAUUCUCUUGUAAUUAAUAUCCUUUUGAAAAAUGAUUGUGUUGGAUGAACUGUGUCUUGCGCUAAAAGUUAAGAAGAAGAAAGAGGGGGGGUGCUUGAAAGAGUUUCUUGAGGGCAUGAAUAUAUAUAUAUAGCCAUUAUCUUGCUGAAAAUGGUUAAAUAAAGUCAUAAUAAUUUUCUAA